AUGUCCCCCCCCGCCCAGCCGGGGGUGCCGGGCGGGCGCGGCUCUAAGGGGCCCCCGGCGCGGAAGCUGCUCUGCAUGUGCAGCCUCUCCCUGUGCCUCACCUACCUGUGCUACAGCCUGAUGGGGGGCACCGGCCCGGCCGCCCUGCGCUCCCCCGCCGCGCUCCCCGCCUCGGCGGCCCCCGGGGCCCCGCGCUCCCCCACCGCCUUCCCCGCCACGGCGGCCCCGCGCUCCGCCGGCGCCCCGGGCCCCUCGGCCGCUCCGCCGCGGGCCUCCAACGGCAGCCGGGAAGGGGCGGCGGACACCUGGCUGCGGGCGCAGCUGGCCCCCGGGGAGGUGAUCGCGGCGCAGAGCGGAGCCUUCGAGAGGGACCCGCAGGAGUCGAGCACCACGGACGAGGAGCUGAGCCGGGCCGGCAGCCCGGGCAGCCGCGGCGGCGGCAGCAGCACCACGCCGGACUACGGGGAGAAGCGGCUGCCGCAAGCCCUCAUCAUCGGGGUGAAGAAGGGGGGGACGCGGGCGCUGCUGGAGGCCAUCCGGGCGCACCCCGACGUGCGGGCCGUGGGCACCGAGCCCCACUUCUUCGACAGGAACUACGAGAAGGGGCUGGAGUGGUACAGGAACGUGAUGCCCAAGACGCUGGAGGGCCAGAUCACCAUGGAGAAGACGCCCAGCUACUUUGUGACCAACGAGGCCCCGCGGCGCAUCCACAACAUGGCCAAGGACGCCAAGCUGAUCGUGGUGGUGCGCGACCCCGUCACCCGCGCCAUCUCGGACUACACACAGACCCUGUCCAAAAAGCCAGAGAUCCCCACCUUCGAGGUGCUGGCCUUCAAGAACAGGACCCUGGGGCUGAUUGAUGCCUCCUGGAGUGCUAUCCGCAUUGGGAUUUAUGCCCUGCACUUGGAAAACUGGCUCCAGUACUUCCCCCUCUCCCAGAUCCUGUUUGUCAGUGGUGAGAGGCUCAUCACUGACCCAGCUGGGGAAAUGGCCAAGGUCCAGGACUUCUUAGGCCUCAAGAGGAUUGUGACAGAGAAGCAUUUUUAUUUUAAUAAGACGAAGGGGUUUCCCUGUCUAAAGAAGCCAGAGGACAGCAGUGCUCCCCGGUGUUUGGGCAAGUCCAAGGGUCGAACUCACCCCAAAAUAGACCCAGAUGUUAUCCACAGACUGCGGAAGUUUUACAAACCCUUCAAUGUCAUGUUUUACCAAAUGACAGGCCAAGAUUUCCAGUGGGAGCAGGAAGAAAGUGAUAAGUAGAACCACAAAAUCAGGAAAAAAUAUUUUUUUGUUUUUGGGAUGUGAAUCAUCAUUUGAGACCCAAAACUCUCUUGGGGCCAGAGGCUCAUCCCUGUGCGUAACAGGCUCUCGUGCUGCCAGGGCUGCAGCAGAAGUGGCCCCAGGUGUGCAGUUGGAACUGUUGUGUCACCUCGGGCUGCACUGGGCUCUCCCCAGCGCAGCACUGGGGCCGGGGCAGGUGGGAGGAGGAGGAGGAGGAGGCAGGGGGAGCACGGCUGCUCAGGUGAGGGGCACUCUGUGCCAGCGUGUCGCUGCUGGUGUCCCCCUGCAGCCAGGCAGGCAGGUCCAGACCUCCUGCCCAGCAAGAGGGUGGCUCCCAAAACCCAGCGCUGGGACAAACCCAGAGAUUUGAUUUCUCCUGCCCUGCAUUUUAGUUUUGCCCAAACAGCAGCAUCAGAUCUGGUAAAUUCAGGCCUUGUGCACUCACAUGCACACUGGUCUUCAUGUGUGGAAGGAAUAAAGCCAGUUAUGCUGCAAAGGAACUAUGUACAGGAACUUCAUUUGCACCAAACAUUUCAAUUACUUCUUGCACUAAAACUAGAAUUUACCAAGUGCCACAGACACCUGGUCUCAAUUCUCCUCUGACUGAUGGGUGCACCUCCACUGUUGGAAGAGAGUUGUUCCUUUUUGCUGAGAUGCUCAGUGAGAUCAGAACCGGGAUCUCCCCAGGUCUCCAUCCUGCUGGGGGCUGAACGAGCACUCCAGGCUCCCAGAGUGAGCCAGGCUCCCACUGCCCAGCCAGGCUGCCAAGGCACAGUGUGGUGCCCGGAGUGGUGCCCACGCAGCUCCCCCUGGCCAGGCUGUGC